CUUUGUCACACGGCGUUUCCAAGCGGAAGCGGACCAGUGAGGCGCUUUGGGCCAAAGGCUUACGUAUGACGUCACUGGAGGCUGCGAGGCGCAGUCUGGGGGCCUCGGCCCCGGAAACGGCGCUGCGGGAGGCCAAGGAGGUGGCGGAUGCGGCCCGUGGCAGCGGGGACCAUCUGCUGCUGGCUGAAGCCGUGAGUCUCCAGGCGCUGUGCUUGCUGAGUUCGCCGGUGGAAGCGCAGCAGCUCCUGGAGGCGGAGCUUGGCAAGGCGCGCGGCGCAGGCCACCGCCCGGCGGAGCUGCUGCUGCUUGGCGCCGCCUCCAGCGCCGCGCUGGCGCGGAGCGACGCCAGUAGCGCGAAGCGGGCGGCGGCGGAGGGGCUGGAGCUUGGCCGAAAGCUUGGCUCGGCCUUCCAAGCGGAGAACAGGAAGCCUUUGCAGCAGCUGCUGUUGGCCCUCGCCAACGCCGAGCUGGUGCUCGGCCAUUGCCCGGAGGCCGCGGCCGCCACCUGUGAGGCAUUGGCCAAGAGCUCCGAUGAGUCCGCGGAGGGCGAGGCACUGCACGUGGCCUGCCUGAUGCAGAUGUUCUUCGGAAGGAGUGCAGCCAACAAGGCCUUGGCUGCGGCGGCCAAAGGUGUGCCGCCGUUGUCAUCUUUGGAGUCCUGCAACCGCGCGGCCACGCUCUUCCGGAAGUUGGGCAACCAGGAGGGCGAGGCCUGCGCGCUGCUGGGCAUCGCGGAGGCCAGAUCCGACAGCCAGGUGGAGGCCCUGGGCGCGGCCAGGCGCGCGCUGGACCUCUUCCGGUCGCUGCGGCACCGGAGGGGCCGCCUGGCGGCGCUGCAGUUAGCGGCCAGCGCACAGAAGGAGACCUUGGCGCAGCUGGACACCACGGAGGAGGAGCUGAGGCUUUUCGAGGCCGAGAAUGACACAGCUGGGCAGGUGGCCGCUCUGAGGAUCCUGGGGGACUUCUACAUCUCCGCGGGCAUCUACGGCGAGGCCCGCAGCGCCUUCCGGAAGUCUCUGGCGCUGCUCAAGGGCCUGGACGCCUGCGAGACAGAGGUGCAACACCUUCUGCUGCUCUCACAGGUGGAAGAGCUCAUGGGGGCGCACGAGGCGGCGGAGCGCGCAGCCCAGUCCGCGCUGGCGCUGGCCAAGCGCGCGCCAAGUGCCUCCGCAGAGCUGCCGGCGGCGCGGCGCGCGGCGUCGCGCCUGGCGGCGGCGCAGGGCCGCGCGCCGGAGGCGCCGAAUCGCCAAAUGGCGCUGGAGGAGCUGCGCCAACUCACCGACGCGGCGAGGCGGCGCGACGGCGAGGCCUUCCGCAAGACCAUGGCGCGCCUGGAGGAUCUUUCCGGCUACACCGAGGAGGACGUCAAGUCCGCACUGGUCCUGGAAGAAGAGCACCGCAAGGGGCUCGCGACCUUCCUGAAGCAACAGGGCCAGCACGUGAGCGCUUCGAGCAAGCGGGGAGAAGCUCUGGCCAAAGGCUUGAGCCACGCCACGCUGUAUCUCUUCUUCCGGCUGGGCGGCUUGGGAUAUGGCCCUCGGUUCCGCAGGUGCCAUGCCUACGCCGUAGAGGGCGACUCGGAGCAAGCCUAUGCGGUGGCCUACUUGCGGCAUUUGUCCUCGCAGGAGGAGUGGACCAAGAACCUGGAGUACCAGCCGCCUAUGCUGGACUCCAUGCAGCACUCCCUGAACGCCAUAUUUAUGACCUAGACUCGAGUGGCUUCGUAGGGUGUGACUCAUAGGGGAUGCCGAAAAUGGUUGUCCUGGUU